AGGUGGAAAGAUCUAAUAGAAACAUGUGAGUGAACUGAAGAGCAUGCAACAGACAACUUGGUGCAACUUUUGAUCACACGCAUCAACCUCUGUGCACCAACGGGAUUUAACUUUUCGGCAAGGAAGCUUACUACGAUUUUCUUAUUAGUAUAUUUUUUUAAUCGGUCAUUAUAAAGAACAUAUUUUUUCCCACUCUAAUAAUAUCAUAACCAGCACUUGUCUUAAUUUAUUAUCGUGGUUUUUUUUCUUCAUAUAUUUACUAUUAUUUAAUUCAUACUACUUUAUUUUAGAAUUGUUGCUUAAUUCAUCAAAAUUAGUUACUCGAUAACAAAACUUUUUUGAGGUGUGAGAUACAGCUGCUUCUGUUAUUUCUGAGCUGUCGCGUGGCGCUUUUGGUUUAAUCCCUGUAAAAUGAAGCAUUUGACAUUUGUGCUCCUGUUGGUCAUCGCGGCCAAUUUUUGGGAAUGCAGUGAUGCUAAAUUCGGCGAAAAAGGAGAAUUAAGUCCAAGGAGGAAGAGAUGUAACGAUGGAAGUCUGCCGAAACGCUUGAACAAGAAGGAUAGGAAACUGUCACUGGAGGGAAGCGGCGGAGGGGAGUUUUGUCACGGGCUCUAUCCUCGCAUGUCCUGCUGUCCGUCCAGGAGGGCUCCGUAUCAGAUACUCCAUCAGAGAGACGCACGGAUCUUCUCAACCAAUAACACAGAGUGUUCUAGACUGCUCCAGGAGAUUAAGUGUGCCCAUUGCUCACCGCAUGCCCAGAUGCUCUUCCACUCACCCAAACUUGACAAAGCACCACACAGAGAGCAAGACCUACCCCGUUUAUGCCACGACUACUGCCAAGAGUUCUACUACACCUGCCGGGGGCAUGUACCAGAACUGUUCCAAGCUGACGUGGAUGAGUUCUGCCAGUACUACGGAAGGAGGGAUGGAGGCCUGUGCUUUCCAGAUUUUCACCGAAAGCAAUUGCGCAGAGAUUCCAACUACCUGUUAGAUGAUAACAUAGAAGUGACAAACAGAAAACAUAAACACAACUGCUACUGUGCUCAGGAGAUCCUUGGUGGUCUUCGACAGCCUGUUAAUGUGGUGCAUUGUGGGGAUGGAUCACAGCGCCUUUUCAUUUUGGAGAAAGAAGGCUUUGUCAGGAUCCUAACACAUGAUGUGGAGCUACUAAAAGAACCUUUUCUGGACAUUCAUAAGUUGGUCCAAAGUGGCAUAAAGGGAGGAGAUGAAAGGGGCUUGCUAAGCCUUGCAUUCCACCCCAAUUAUAAGAAAAAUGGAAAGCUCUACGUCUCCUACACGACCAACCAGGAACGCUGGGCUAUUGGACCACAUGACCACAUUCUUCGCGUGGUCGAGUACACAGUGUCCAGGAAAAAUCCCAACCAUGUGGACAUGAGGACUACCCGAGUUCUAAUGGAAGUAGCAGAGCUCCACCGCAAGCAUCUGGGAGGGCAGCUUCUGUUUGGGCCUGAUGGGCUUCUGCACAUCUUUUUAGGCGAUGGCAUGAUCACUUUGGACGAUAUGGAGGAGAUGGACGGUCUGAGUGAUUUUACAGGAUCCGUCCUUAGGGUGGACGUGGACACGGACUGUUGUAAUGCCCCUUACUCUAUACCCAGAAACAACCCCUAUUUCAACAGCACCAAUCAGCCCCCUGAAAUCUUCGCUCAUGGACUGCAUGACCCAGGAAGGUGUGCAGUGGACAAGUUCCACAUGGACACUAAUGGCACUCUGCUGAUCCUGUGCACCGACACUGUUGGAAAAAAUACAACAAUGGGCAGGAUCCUGCAGGUCAUCAAAGGGAAAGACUAUGAAAAUGAGCCAUCUAUGUUUGACAUGGGGUCAAAUGGAGGUGCAACACCAGUCGGUGGAUUCAUCUACAGAGGGUGUCAGUCAAGAAGACUUUAUGGAAGUUACAUAUUUGGUGACAAAAAUGGAAACUUCAGAAUUCUCCAGAGGCCUUCAGAAGACAGGUUGUGGCAAGAGAAGCCUCUUUGUCUUGGUAGUAGCAGUUCCUGUGGUUCCUCGUUGGUUGGCCACAUCCUGGGGUUUGGUGAAGAUGAAUUAGGUGAGGUCUACAUCCUUGCCUCCAGCAAAAGCAUGGCAACACAAUCACACAGCGGAAAGCUCUACAAGUUGGUGGAUCCCAAAAGACCACAGUUCCCUAAGGAGUGCAGACGGCCGGUCGAGGAUCCAGAGAUGCUUAGCACAGCUUGUUCCCGUGAAUGCAAGAACGGCCAUUGCACACCCACUGGCAAGUGCUGCUGCAGUUCUGGCUGGGAGGGCCCCUUCUGCUUAAGAGCCAAGUGCGAACCCGCCUGUCGCAAUGGUGGGGUCUGCGUGGAGCCCAACAAGUGUCUCUGCAAGGAAGGAUUCUCAGGCACCCAAUGUGAGAAAGGAGAACGAGGCACACAAGGAGACAGUGAGAAAGACAGCUUCCUGGGACACAUCAUUGACAUGACUUCUUACCUGCUGGACUUCACCAGCUAUAUUGUAUAAAGAGCAGGGAAGGGUGAUAAUGUGCUCUACUCCAGUUGGCAGACUGAACGUUAAGGAGGCCUUUCAGAGUUUGCCUUCAGGACACCAUCCCCAAUCUCCAACUGUCCCUCACCCGAUCCUCUCCCACCACUGUUCUCUUUCAUGAGGCACAGGCUUUUGAUCUUCAAGCUCCCCUGCACCAUCUCCCCUCCCCAACCCUGUGCACAAAUAUCCACAUGAAACAAUGACACAGUGGCCGUUGGAACCUCACUGCGCAUAGCUGAAGGGGUCGCAUGUUGGAGGUACUACGCAGGAUUUACUGCUAUUAUAGAGGUUAUCCUGCUGGCUGCAACCCAGAAUUUUUACUGCUGGUAUGGUGUGUAAAGUCUGGUCCACUUUAAUGUCAAGUGUCCCUUCAACAUAAACUGUCAGAGGACUCACAAAGCACUGGAGGCCCCACAUGAGUACUAUAGGACUCUAGAAAUGGAAGGCUAAUUAAGAUUUCAGGGGCAGCAUGUGAAGCAUAACAAAGCUCAUUUAGGGAAGUCAAAUGAACAGUCUACCAAACUGAACUACACCAUAACAAAAAUAUCACCAUGGAUUCACAGGCUGUUUGAAGAACAGGGGAAGUAGCAUCAGAGAAACUGCUGUCAACACAGCAUGCCACAAUACAACUGUUUUAUCUAGGAGGUCUGAGUAUAACUGGAGAAUGGGACUUGAUGCCAGUUUACAUGGUUUAAAAUAAGGAUCUGCGAAAAAGUCUUCAGUUUUCUUUAUAUAAUUGCUAAAACAAUCAAUGAGGAUCAUGAUAAGUCAAAACUGAAAAUUGGUUGUAUCCCAUUGAUGUUUCAUUAAGCUGAAAACAUAAAGUGAAAUCGCAAGAAUGUUUUGACAGUCACUUUGAUUAAUAUAAUACAUAUGACAAGUUGGAGAUAACAUACUGUUUUGCAAAGGAAAAUACCUUUAAGAAGUCACUGCUCUGGUUAAAGUUGCAGUAUCAGCUAUACUAUUUUCCUAUAGUUGUUCAUGACCAUGCACGCUGCUUUCAUUGCAAAUUGUAGAUUUUAUCACAUUUAAAAAUGUUCAUAUAUCUUGUUUCUGUGUAAAGUCAAACUGUUUUUUUAUUUUUUUUAUUUGGAAGACCUCAUAAGGUGGUUUUAAACAAAUUACAUUACAACAAUCUUACUGUAAAUUCACAGGUUGUUUUGUCUUUCACAUUAGGCAAGCUUCAUUUAUUGUUCUCCAUGACAGUUUCUGUGUUUUUUUUUUUUGUUUUUGUUUUUUGUUUUUUAACCACAAACCAUAUUCAGUUUUAUACAUACAUACACACAUACAUAUAUAUAUAUAUAUAUAUAUAUAUAUAUAUAUAUAUAUAUAUAUAUAUAUAUAUAUAUAUAUAUUUGUCAUUUACAAAAGGGAACAAGACUGUUGACUGGUGUAUAUUUCAUAUGGUACUAUACUGAGAUGAGUACUAAGACUUGCCAUUGUUUUGAUAGAGGAGGGUUUAUUUUUUAAGGAAUAAUACAUGGGAGAGGAGGGUGUAAGCAGUUUUGUAAAUUCAUUUUUUAUUUUAUUUUACCUAUAGAUACUUCACAAAUUCACUGAAGAAAUGACAUCUACCAAAUUCUAAUUUAAAGAUAUAACAUUGCUCUCUCACUAUCAAGAGUGCUUUGACAGAAAAAUAAAUAAAAAUAAACCUAGAUCUUUGUUUCAGACUUUGGGAUGUUUUUCUAAAACCAGACUCAAGCUAUAAUUUUAGAGCCAGUUAUACUGUGUUAGUCAACCUACAGCUCAUCAAUGAGUAGAAGAUUAUACAAGAGUGAUGUCAAGUAAGAUGUCCUCAUCAAGACGCCAUAGAAUCCCUCCAAAGGGAAAUUAUAUUUUUAUACAUAUCCAGUAGAAGCUCUUGGUUGAGCUCUAUCCAACAGAUGAACAACAAAAUGCACAAGUUCAAAUGAUCCCAUGCUUUAUCAUAUUUUGUCAUCAAGUAAGCUGUUUUUUUAAGCACACCAUUGUUUUUAUUUCCUGAUUCAAAUUAGGAGAAACUUGGAAUGGGACCGCCAAUGCAUUCUGUUGAUCAGCUUUAGGCUCAUUUGUAACCAGUUAUAUUCAGUCAUUUACACACACCCCUUAUUUUGAUGUGCCUCUUGUAAGAGUGAGUCAUUUGUUCUUCAAGGUCACCUUUAGAAGUUAGGUGUAUUCAAUGUAUUAUCACUUAUGUCUCCCAAAGAAAAGGAUACCAAUAGCAAACCACAAGUUUUUAUUAUUUUCUAUUCAGUGCAUUUUUAACUCUAUGUUAUGGUAAGUGUAAGGAAUCCUGUAAAUCUACUCUAUAAUUUUUAGCACUUAAUGUGAAACCUGCAUUGGAGCUGCUGGGAAGGUGUCAUGUGAAUAACCCUGUUUCUUUUAUUAUUUAAGUAGUUACACCUUCAAGUUAUUUAAGUUGUCUACAAUGUUUUUUCUGUUGUAUGUGAAGAAAUAUGAUCAUUUAUUGUAAAUAAAACUAGGGUUAUCUUGGGUUCUUCUCGGAAAUAUCAAUAUGUUUAUUAAAGUGUAUAGCAUGUUUGAGAACUUA